UGCACUGUCCCCACCCCGUCCCUGUCCCAGUGGCAGUGGGCUCUCUUAAGCGCUCUCGGGCCCCCAGAGCGCUGCGGCCAUGGGCAUCAGAGGGAUGCUGCGAGCCGCUGUGCUCCUGCUACUCAUCAGGACAUGGCUCUCAGAGGGCAACAACACCACUUCUCUCCCGGAAUUCUACAUCGAGCUCUCCUCGACCAUGCCUGAAGUCGUCCAGAACGUCUUCAAUUGCAAAAAUUGUGCAAAUGAAGCUGUGGUUCACAAGAUUUUGGACAGGGUGCUGUCAGGAUAUGAUGCCCGUCUGAGACCACAUUUUGGAGGUGACCCUGUGCCUGUGGGAAUAUCUAUGUAUGUCUCCAAUAUUGAACACAUCUCAGAAAUAACUAUGGACUGUAAGGUCACGAUGUUUUUUCAUCAAACCUGGAAAGACCCACGUCUAGCAUACUGUGAGACCAACUUAAACUUGACUCUGGACUAUCGGAUGGCUGACAAGUUGUGGCUCCCCGACUGCUACUUUCUAAAUAGCAAGGAUACCUUCGUGCAUGACAUGACUGUGGAAAAUCGUAUGUUUCAGCUUCACCCAGAUGGAACAGUGCAUUAUGGCAUCCGACUCACCACCACAGCAGCUUGUUCUAUGAAUCUUCAGAAAUACCCUUUGGACAAGCAGAUUUGCAAGCUGGAAGUGGAGAGCUAUGGUUACACGGUUGAAGACAUCAUGUUAUACUGGGAAGGUGAUGAGAAUGCCAUCCAGGGGACUGAAAAGCUACAGAUCCCUCAAUUUAACCUCCUGGGAAAGAUAAUAACUAGAAAAGAGGAGAUUUUCUACACAGGUUCCUAUGUGCGACUAAUACUGAGAUUCCUGAUCCAGAGGAAAAUUAUCAACUACCUUGUGCAGGUCUAUUGGCCUACUAUCAUCACCACUAUUGCUUCUUGGGCAACGUUUUGGAUGAACUAUGAAUCUUCUGUAGCCAGGGUGACAAUCGGUCUGACUUCAAUGUUCAUCCUGAACACCAUCAAUUCACACCUGCGGGAAAAACUCCCUGAAUUUUCUUGUAUCAAGGCCAUUGACAUCUAUAUGGUUGUAUGCUUCUUCUUCGUGUUCCUGUCCUUGCUGGAAUAUGUCUACAUCAACUAUCUUUUCUACAGCCGAGUAGGAACUCGGCGCCGUCAUAGGCAACGCAGCAGAGCCCGAAAAAUCAUGGAUCACUAUCGCUACCAGGAGGAAUCAGAGCUGCAGCCCCGUGUGUGCCAGAGAAGCCAGGAAGAGGAGAUUCUGUCAGUCGAAACGAUCACAAGUGCUCCUCCCUCCCCAAAAGUGGUUAUUCAUGUAGGAUGUGAAUCUGCUGACUUUAUGAGUCUAUCCACUAUUUCCUCAAAAGAUGACCAGUUUGACAUCAAAGACGAAAGUGGCUCUCCUCUCUCUAGACCAGUGCAGGCCCACUCAGCAAGCCCAGAAAGCCUCGACUCUUUGACCUUCAUCUCAGAGCGGGUCCCACUGGCCACCUCAGAAAGCCUCAGCUCACUGUCUUCACUCUCGCUCCAGUCUUGGCUGGCCACUGAAGAAAGCUUGAAUGAUCUCUCCUCCACCUCAGAGCAGGCACUGCACAGCUGUGACACUCGCUUUAAUGGUUUUGAGACUGAUGGCAGUGUUAUUCCUACCAAAAUCUACAAUCCUGGUGAGGCCCAUUGCCAUGCUGAGACCUUCUGUGACCCAGAAGACCCUGAAGAGAGCUACAGCUUGGAUGACAACCAUGGCUCUGGCCCCACUAGAAAGCAUCUGCUCAUCCAUGGCCAGGGGUGCGUGCAAGAAGCAAGCUGUGAGCCUGAUAACAUGCAUAGGUGCCGUGAGGAGUUCCUUCACUUGCCUGGUGACAUCAACGUUGAACAAGACUACCUUGACCUUGAGAACCAACUACAGCGUGAUGCUGACACUACCUGGAGCCAUAAUGAUGACAAUUUCAUGGGAUUUGAUGAAGAUGAGGACAGUAGUUCAGAAUCUGAUGAUAGUUGCCCUCCAAGCCCUGGGCACUCCUGCAGGGAAAGGUUUUGUUCUGAGAUCUUUGACCCUGACUACAUUCCUAAGAUUGAUAAGUGGUGCCGGAUCCUCUUCCCUCUUGCCUUUGUGGUGUUCAACAUUAUUUACUGGCCAUACCAUGGCUUUUAGUCCCAUAGUGCCCCAGAGUAGCAGGGACACUGUGCUGUGCUCCUUUCACAGUUUAUUUUGGUUCCGUUUUGCCUUCUUUCCUUUGUUAAUUUAAUUUUGGUUAUUUGGACAGUCAAAUCAGUUCUACCUUUCUCUUUAUAAACAUGAGGUGGUGAGCUGUUGGUAAUAACGUGUUCUGGCUGGAAGGAAAGGGAUUGAGAAAGAGUUAGAGGUCAAGAGCUAAUUGAUUUUUAUUUUCUACUGAAAGACUGCCACCUUUUCAAAUAUUUUUAAUAUCUAAUAAGUACAGAAAAGCCCCUAGAAAUGUUUAGAGGACAGAGAGAAGCCAGCUUGAGGGACAGAGGGACGAGCUGAGCCCUGUGCACAAACAUUUCUGGGGACUUUUCUGUCCCCCUAAAGUGUUGAAUUUUCUUUUUCAUUACUUUUUUACUUAUGCGUUUUCCCCCCUCCUAGUGAUUAUGGUCCUUGCUCACCUGUUGCUUAGGGUUUUAUGGGAGAAAGUCAAGCUUAGUUGGGCUAGGAUGCACAGGGAAAGGGCUAUCUAUGGCUUGGAAGUACAGUAGACUGGCUCUAGGAAAACUGAGGACUUUUGAAAGUGCCUUUUUUGCACGAUUUUUCUGUUUUAUUUUGAGUGUGUUGUUGUAGCACAAGAUUGGGAGUGGAAUGUAAGUGGGUAGAUAGGGGUGCUGAGUGAAAUGUCAGGUGAGAGAGCAUUUUUCCAGCAGGAGCUGUGAGGUGCUGAGUAAUGUCAAGUUGGAGAUUAACCAAAUUGAACUGGCAUCUUUGUCUAUAUUUCUCUUGUCUAUAUUUCUGCUCCAGAAUGCUUGACAAUAGGGACUUAGUACAUGUGUCUAGGUCAGAUGCUGAUCUGAACACUAGUCAUAGAACAAAUACGUGGUGAAUGAAGAUUAGAGUUAGAAAAGUUCUGACCUGCUACUUCACCAUCUGAUCUAGAAUAGCAUAUGAACAACUUUUGUGAAUCUCUAUACUAAUCCUUUCUAUUUGUCCAGUGUAGUGUCAAUGAGCUCACAGAACCAUCAUUUCGUCAGACCCUCACAGGAACCCUGUGAGCUAGAGAAGGCAAAGCACAUUGUCCCAAUGUUCCAAGGGGGAAAAAUGGAGCUUGAGAACAUGCAGCCAGUAAGUGGUAAAGCCACACCACUUGCUCUUCCUUCUUGUCCACUUAACUCUCUCAAUUGAGGCACUCCCUGUUUCUCCCCUUCACUUUACAAAAGGGGGUGCUCCAUCAGGUUCUGCUAGGCACCAGACCUCAUUCUAUGGUACCUGGAGCAUUUGUGCAGGAAGCCCCCAGUGACCAGUGUGAACAUAUGGAAUAUGGGCACUGCCCACUCACUGGGGCUUCUAAGGGAAGUAGAAAUUAGCUUGUGCUCCAAUGUGCCAAACAACUCCAACUCAUUGAUUGAGGCCAUGGAGGAACAAGAUUUGCAAAGCACUCAGCAUAUGGUCCUCCUUCCUUCCUAGGCAGCCUCCCUGCAAUCCCUCAGUCACCUCCCCUUUUAACUGUGUUUCUGUGUUUGUUUCUGUGUAUACCAGGGUGUGUGUGUGUGUGUGUGUGUGUGUGCAUCAAGGUAGUUCUGUGUGCACAUACAACUAUUUGAGAAGCUGUAUAGCUAUAUGUAUAUCAGUGUAAAUCUCUAUUGGUGUGUAUAAGAAUGUAUAUAUAACAAUGUGUGGAUACAUAUAUGUGUGUAUGCACCCUUAUGAAAGAGUGUGUAAACUUGUGAUUUAUGUAUGUGUGUGCUUGUGUGUACACACAUGGGUAUGUUCUGAGUGUAGGCCUAAGUGCACGUGUGCAUACUUAUGCUUAUUUAUCUGAUUUGAAUGGGUGUGAAAGGAAAUACACCUGAAAACAUAUGUAUUUCUUGUUGGUGGCUCUUCUAGAACCAACAGAAUUCCCUUGGCCUGUUCCCACAGGAAGGGGGAGGUAUCUUUUUGGCCAGGCUGAUUAACUGCUUCUUUCCAAUUCCUGUUUCAGGGAGUGGCUUCUCUUCUUCUCCCUCCACCCACUUGUGCUAUCUCCUAGAUAGAAGUGAAUGUAGUCCUAAAGUCUUAGGAAGUGAUAAUUUAGUGCCUUGAGGUAGGAAUUGCUCAAUCGUGGGAUAAGUUGGGAAUGCAGAGCAUUUUGCUUUGUCCUGGAAGGACGUGUUUGGAAUGCCUUAAAGAUGCAUUGAGAAUAGAAAUAUGAUAUAAAGAACUAAAGAACUAUAGAUAUGGUUGUAUAUAGCCUUGAUAACUCAUCCCUUUAUUUCAACCACCUUGUAAGCCUGACCUUGGAGGCAGCCCCAAGCAGGUUUGUGAUAUGAGGAAAUGACCCAGGGAAUUGGAUGCUAACAGCUGGAUGCAGAGAACCAAAGGUACCUGGGAGAUGGCUGCAGGCAUGGACUGUGGUGGUGAGUCCAUUCAGGGGCAGCAGUGCUUUAGUAGCUACCCCGGGAUGGUUGUUGUUGAACUUCAGCCUUGGAUUUGGAAAUCCCUCUUUCCACCCCCUCCAGGGAAAGAGAUAAUUAGAAAGGUGAGAAGGCUGACCAAGAAGAGAAGUACAAUAGGUCCCAGGGACUGCCUGCCAGGAUCAACCCAUUUUAUCACCUCUCCUCUUCUUUUCUAUAGAUGCAGCAUAUAAAUAUAGCCUCCUGCACAUACACACCCACAGAGAUCUACAGAGUCACACAUACAUGAUACACAUGUUGGGCACUCACCCUCAGCAGUAUAUACAUAUACUAGUACACACAAAUACAUACACAAACACACAGCUGCACAUAUGUCACAAACACAAUCACAUGUGUUUGCACUUGUAUGCGCGCACGCACACGCGCACACACACACACACACAAUCUUGUAAGACAGAUUAAAAACAAAAAAGUUGCCCCUGGAAAGUCUAAGAUUGCUUCUUUCUUUUUGGACACCUCUCACAGAGAGGUAGCAAUGACCCCACAUAUGAAGCUCCCACCAUGGCUACAGGAAGACAUAAACGUUGGUUGGUUGGUUUGGAUUUGGGUUUCCAAGAUCCUGGAGGGCCUUUGAGCCCUAUAGGAGGCAAGCAGUUCAUUUAGGGUGAGGUCAUACUAGUGAAAGAGACUAGAUCAGUGGGGACAAAAAUGGGGUUUAAGGUGUGUCUGGCAGCAAUGCACAGGAAAACUUCAAAGCACAGAAGAGUAGAGAAGCCAGUUGUAAAUAUCUAUAGAUUCACGUAGCUAGAUAUAAUAGUAUAUCUUAAAAAGAAUAUAUUGCCCUAAUGUGCUGCAAUGUGUUGAACUGUACUGCAACUCACACUGUGUGAGGCUAAGUGUCAAGGGGAGGUGGAGGUCUGGCAAUGACAUCUUUUCAGAAACUUGAACCUUGUGAGUUUGCCAUGGACUUGGUCAUUUUAGCGUGAAAAUUGCCAGAUCGCCCCUUGUCAUGUUCAAUGUGUGUUCUGUCUUUAGCUUCAUUGUUGAGCCCCAUCCUCAGCUAUCCCCAGUGGUACAGGCAAACCUUCCUCCAACUGGCUGCCUAUAUCCCCUCCUAUUUCAUACCUCACACUAAGUAACUCUAGAAGUGCAGAGCAUCAAGUAGGGCACUCCUGGGGUUUGGCCCAUGGAGCCUCUCUCAGCCCUAGCCAGAGAGUGCUUGUGGUGAUAGAUAAUUUUGAUCUUUGGCAGAGGAAAAGGUGUUGCUAAGUCUGGGAUGGAGCAACCCCCACUUAAUCCUCUACCAAUUUCCUUUUCUUUUCCUCACAUGGGCUAUCAUAUUAACUUUCCCCCUCAAAUACCCUCUCCAUCACUACCGUGGGAAAGACACCCUCUGUCUCUUCAAAGUGUCAUUUUAAUGUAUUUAUGUGGGACAUGUUUCCUACCAAAUUCUCUCCUGUUCCAUCUGACACUGUGGGUCACUUUUGCAGAACUAACAGAAGAGCUGUUGAGUCUUACUAGAGCUUGUCAAAUGUAUUCUUACAAUCUAUGUCAUCUAGUUAAUAGCAAUGCUGCAAAGUCUUUGUAUAUUUAGAGCUGUGUUUUGCUGAGACUGUGGCCAUUCCUUAUUCUGUACAUAAAAGAGCUAACUAACCUUCUGAGCUAUUAACUAAUGAAUGCAUUUGCUAAGUUAUCCACCAAUAUGGUACCCUAUUGUGGUGCUGAGCACCAAAGGAAAUUGUGACUUGUCCUACAAAAUGCAUUGUGUUCAUGUUUGUUGUAUAAUGUCCUGUGAUCAAUAUGAAAUCUUUAUUAUCAGUGUUGGGUUUUCAGGGUAGGGAGGGGGGUGUUACAGUGUCAUCCUCAAAUACUUCAAUUAUGAAAAAGCCCCAGUUGGUCAGGGUCACCUUUGCUGACUCAACAUGUGUGAGACUUUGCACCCACCAUCUUGUUAGAUUGCGUCCCUGGGGUCAGUAGUCAUCAGCAGAACUGAAGGUACACAGGUGUAGUGCAACUGACCACAGUGCCAAGGAAUUAUUCAGAAGCCAGUCAAGCCAGUGUCAUUCUGGAGGCAGAUGAAAUAAAGUAAAACUACACAUAUACGCAUGUACUUCUUCAAGAGAGGUGCUGGGUCCAGGAGAUGAAAACCAAGAAAGGAAGAGGACUAAGAUCCACGUGCCCUGGAUGGCCUGACCCACAAAAGGACACAGAGCAGCAGAGACCCCACAAGACGACCUGGUGCCCUUUGUUCUUAUUAAAUGUAAAUUCUUGCAUGAAAAAGACAUGACCAAUUCUGAAUUAAAAAAAAAAGAAACCAUAAAAUUAUGCUUCUGAAAAUUAUGAUUAAAUAAAGGUUUGUAAAUAGCCAAAAGAAGAAAAUAAAUAUAUAUAUAA